AUGUCGUACUACGGAAACGGAUACGGUGCCCCACCACCAAUGCACGGAGGAUAUGGCGCUCCACCAGUCCACGGAGCCCCAGGAUACAUGCCACCAACCACUGUCCACGUUCACACCGAUGGAGGACAUCAUGGAGGACACAUGGAUACUCAUCAUCACGGACAUCAUGAAAGUCAUCACCACGGAGGACAUCACGGGGGUGGUCAUCACUACGAGAGCCACUACGAGAGCCAUCACCAUGGAGGACACCAUGGACACCAUUAA